CUGCUAACUUUGGAGUUUGGAGCGAUGACUUCGAUUCACGGCGUUGGCUACAUCACCUCCAGCCAGCGGACACUGUUCGAGAAGCUUCUUUGGGUGUUGGUGUUUGGGCUAUCGCUCACCGGAUGUAGUUGGCUUAUCCGGGAUGCGUAUCGCCGGUGGGACCAGAAUCCGGUGAUUAUAAGUUUUGACGAGAAGACCAAGCCCAUUUGGAGCUUCCCGUACCCGGCAGUGACGAUCUGUCCGGAGACCAAGUUCCAGAUGGCGAUCAUGAACUACACGGAGGAGUUUUUAAAGUUUGAACGUGAUCCUGACGGGUAUGUGCCGGACGAAAAACGCCGCGAAUCCUUCUUCUCCGCUCUGCACAUCUGCAACCAGCAUCAGCUCAGCAAGACGGUAUCUCAGUUACGACGGUACAAUCACACCGUGGAACGGAACUGUCUUGAAACCUUACGGUGGAUGUCCCUGUCGAUAAGUUCAAUGUUCGAAACGUUUACCAUUCAAAACAGUCAGGUCUACUACUGGGAGUAUUUCAAAGAAAUCCUCACCGAAGACGGCAUCUGUUACACGUUCAACUUUGCCUGGGAUCUGUUCCGACCCGGAGUACAUCCGGAAGUGCAAGUCAGUGAUCGGAUGAUGUGGAGUCCGGAGAAGGGAUAUCUAGAAGAUACCUUUUCAAUAGUGGAACCGUUACGUGCUCCAGGAACCGGAAUGAGCAAUGGAUUGACGGUAGACCUAGUGUUGAACGUCAGAAACUUCGACUACUUGUGCAAAGGUCCGAUACAGGGCUUCAAGGUUCAGAUCCACACUCCAACCGAGUACCCGCUGAUGUCCAAGAGGUUCAUCCGAGUCCCGCUGGACCAAGAAGUGACAGCUCUGGUCAAACCACAGUUUGUCGGAACAAACUGGAAGCUAAAAGACUACGAACCUUCUCGAAGAAACUGCUACUUUGAGCACGAACGACCCCUUCGAUACUUCCGGAUCUACUCGCAAGACAACUGCGAGCUGGAGUGCCUCUCCAACUAUACCCUGGCCAGGUGUGGAUGUGUCCGGUUCAGCAUGCCACGGAUCGUAUCGGAGACCAAAAUCUGUAAUGCCAGCAGCCUCCCUUGUGUGGUCGAUGCCGAGAGGACACUUUCAACGGCACUGAACAGCACCGUUAAAAGGACAGCGUUUACUUUUCAGACCAGGUGCAGCUGUCUGCCGGGAUGCACUGUGUUGAGGUACGACGUCAUGCUGACGCAGGGUCCGCUGCUGUGGAGACCACAUCGGCGAGCUGCUGGGAGAAAUGGUUCUUACAGAGACGUUCACAAGGUGCGCUUCUCACUAUACUUCAAGGACUCUCAGUACAUCUCGAUCACGCGGAACGAAAUGUACGGUUUGACGGAUUUUGUGGCCAACUGUGGGGGACUCCUGGGGCUGUUCAUGGGCGUAAGUUUGCUCAGUCUGGUAGAAUUGCUUUACUUUUGCACGCUGCGUCCGUACGUGCUGUGUCACUAUCGGGACGAGAUGGGACAGAUCGAGACGUCUCGGAGAAACCGGAAGCGGAUGGCCCUGAAUCGGCGCAAGGUGAUCAUGGUGGAAACGCUGGAUGCGGCCAUCAGAAGGAGACGCAUGGUGGAGAUGGGACGUUUGAUUGGGUUUCGACGGCGGUUGAGGAAGAUCAAGGUGCAUGAUUUUGAGUAG